GACACAGUUGUUUUGUUUAGGCCAUUACCAGAUCAAUCGAUGAUGUUGAUAAAUGAUGUGUGAACAGUUUAUCGUUGCUGGUUCCUUGGCUACUCGAGUUAUGUGGGUGUCAGCCGGCAGAUAAAGGCGAUUGGACAGGUAGUUGGAAGUAUAUAAAUAUACAGCUGUCCAGCCAACCGACAACAGUGCGAUUUACCUUAACCGUACAACAAGAUAAGAGCAGAAAGAAGAAGAUUAAAAGAACAACAACAAAGAGAGAGGAGUUAUUUUCAACUAGCGAGAUUGCAGCUCCGGGACAACUAAGUGUUUGUUCGUCUAUUAGUUUCUAUUGGUAAUAAUAACAAUGAUUUAUAACGUUGGCACCAGCCCAGGAGGACAAAGUUAACUGAAGUGAUACACCGUAUAUUACUGGUACUUUAUUUUUUUAUUUUUUCAGCUUCAGAAAUAUGAAAUACAAAGAUUACGCCCAGUAGGAUUUGAACUCAUAACGUAAGGGGUGAAAUAGAUACGGUCACACGCGACUGUCAUCGACUAAGCUGCAAUAUUAUUUAUGAUGAUGUACAAUGAACAUAGUAGAACAUAUUAAUGAGGACGUGUAUAUAAAUUAAAAAUAAUGAUAGUUACAUAUAUAGAGUAAAAUAUAGUAAUUAAUAAUGAUAAUUAUAAUGAUGAUGAUGAUAACAACACCUUUAUUUAACAUGUGAUAAGUAUAUUAAGAACAGUGACAGUGUCAACAAAUUAAAGAAAGAAAGAAAGAAAGAAAGAAGGAAAGAAAGAAUGCAUAAAUCUUAUCAGACAAUCCUUCCUUGUCAGAGCAGGUUGUUACAACAACGCUGGGAUAAGGCGUAUUACCUUGAACAUCGCAGAAAAGUUGCAACUGUUGUUCCAAUGAUUGACAAUAAGCCACCACCGAAUUUCAUGCACUUGCAUUUGAAAAUGAAGAAACUUCAGUUAGAAGAAGAAAAUCUUGCCACCAUUGAAAGAGAUAAUCACAGACUUUUGGAAAGAAUGGGUUACAUUAUGCGAACGCGGGGAAGGAUUGACAACCGCAAUGAUUACUUAUAUAAGAGCCUUAAUUCCGAGAAGAGACAAAGAGAGCAAAUUCGAAUUAGUAGAGAAAAUAAAGAUAUUUUGCAGAGGAUAUUGAACCGGCGAGCAGAAUAUAACCAUGCAACUUGGCAGAAAGACUGGAAGAAAAAUCGUUCCUUUUUGAAUAAUAUAUCCCAUUUUCCCAAUGACUGGUGGUCCAGUACGAAACCUCACGCUAAGAAAAAACCUGUUUCAAAAGACAAAAGAACUAAUUGCAGAAGCAAGACUACCAAUAAUGAAACGGAAUCAGAAAAAAGUCCAAUGCCAGAAGGAGAAGACAAUAGGAAAACAGUUGAGAAAGGAAAUGAAUUAAAACGUUCUCGGGAGAAUACUAAAAUAGAUGAGAAUACUGGAGUACAAGAAGAUACUAAAGUACAAGACAAAACUGAAGUACAAGAGAAUACAAAAGUACAAGGGAAUACUAAUGUACAAGUGGAAACUGAAGUACGAGAUUCUGAAGGACAAGAAGACACCGAAGAAGAAGAAGAUAAUACUAGAGAACAAGAUAAUUCUGAAGAAGAUAAUGCUGAGAAACAAGAUAAUACUGAAGAACCAGAAAAUACUAAAUAAACUAUAAAGAAUGUUGAGAAAAAUAAUGAUUAAUAAAAAUGUUUAAUAAUUUCCCUCAAAAUCCUCUGGUUAAAUAUAUGUGACAUAUAAAAAAUAUUAUUAAAUGCUUUGACGUAUUUUGUUUAAUAAAUAAAAAUUUUAUUUC